AUGGCCAUCUCAUCGGCCCUUAAGAGGAACGCUGAGUCAGCUAGAAAGCAGGCAGAAGCGCAGCUUCAAGCCCUAGAAACCCGUCUCCAGGCCUCACCCUCCCUGACGCUUCUUAAACGCAUUGCCUUAGUGCGGUCGACACUCCGGGACCUCGCGCUGGGUCGAGUCGAGAAGGCCCUUGUCCGCCUACAUCAGGUAUACUAUGACAAGGGCAAUAAGGCGCAAGCUCUAUUAGCAAGGAAGCUAACCGAUCGCUCCCUCGCUUCCACCCCGCACCAGGUCCAGGACAGAUCGGGCAAUACCUUAUCCCACCCGCAAAGUAUUGCGGAUGCAUUCGCUGCAUUUUAUGCAGAUUUGUACAACAGGCCGGAAAUUCCCCACAACCCACCCUCCCCCGACCUGCUAGAUAGGAUGACACAAUACCUGACACAGGCGGGCAUCCCUCGGCUACAACCGGAUGACCUGGUCUCCCUUAAUGCCCCCAUUACGGAUGAGGAGCUAACCCGGGCCAUUAAGGCCCUGCCCGCCCACAAGUCCCCGGGCCCAGAUGGGUUCCCAUAUGAAUAUUAUAAGACCUUUCUCCCCACACUUCUCCCCCACAUGACUAAACUCUUCAACGCCUUUCUACAACAGACCCCCAUCCCGCAGGAUAUGCAGCGAUCAUUUAUCACCCUCAUUCCUAAACCUGACAAGGACCCCUCAUUAUGCGCAAGCUACAGGCCAAUAGCCCUAUUAAACUCAGACCUCAAAAUCUUUACGAAGGUCCUCUCCCUUCGUUUAAAUGUAGUCUUGCCCUCCCUGGUCCAUAAAGACCAGGUGGGCUUUGUCCCCCUCCGCCAAGCGGGGGACAAUACGAGAAAGGCAUUUAAGAUGUUAAACUAUUCAGGGAAUGCAAGCGGCUGUCAGCCUCAAUCCAUUAACCCCUUCAUACCAAUCUUUUUGAGCUUCAUCUUCCUUAUUGGCUUUGUUUUGAACUGUAUCAGUUUAUGGAUAUUCUGGUUUAAAGUAAAACAAUGGAACUUAACAGUGUUUCUCCAGUUCAACUUGGCCAUCUCUGAUGCCAUCAUCACCCCCGCGGCUCCUCUGAUCAUUAUCUACUCCCUUACUGACCACUGGACCUUUGGAUUGUUCCUCUGCCAGUUCAAGGUCUUCUUGCUCAGCACUCACAUGUAUGGCAGCAUUUACUUCCUCACCUUAAUCAGUAUCCACCGGUAUUUCUCUGUGGUUCAAAACAUCAAAAGACCAGCCUUGACCAGAAAACCAUUCAUAAAAAAGCUUUGCUUCUUCAUUUGGGGUUGUCUACUAUGCCAAGGUAUUCCAUUUUUCUUUGUCCUUAAAACUUCUGAAGUCCACGGAGCCACAAAAUGUCUCAGUUUUCAUCAAACCGAACAAGCAGUUUUAUUUUUCAUCUGGAACUGGACCAUCCUCUUCACUGGUCUCCUCAUUCCUUUUUCCAUAACGUUGGUAUGCUACACUCUACUGAGUCGACACAUCCUCAAAGUCAACCCAAUGAACACCCUCAGCAAAGUCAUGGUGUCCAAGUCAGUGCGAACUAUCUUCAUCUCUCUGAUAAUAUUGAUUAUUUGCUACAUCCCGGUCCAUAUAACCAGGACCAUUGGUGUUACCAUUAUAUUGUACUUCCCAGCUUCAUGUUCUUUGCUAGAAAAUAUUGAGAUUGCCUAUUAUAUCACUUGGAUGAUGUCAGGAACAAAUUGUUGUAUGGAUCCCAUAUUGUACUGUUACGCAUCCGAAAGAUUUAAAUACCCAUUCAUAAGUUGCUUUACUUUUCUGCAAAGACACCGUGAGAGGAAAAUCACAGACUAUGCUCAACAUAGCCCAGUUGAGGCAUCUACGGAUAUUCACUCUCAUAGCUCUCCUGUGACUAUGAACAGUAGAGAAACUGUAUCAGGGCCAGCUAAACUGUAAAAAUUGGUUAAGGUUUUAAGGCUAUAUCCAGGGAUAAGGGAUAGUUAAUGAGGUACAAACAACUUGGAUGAAUCAUUUAAUGGUAUCUCGUAUGAUGUAUGAACCUGAAAAAUAUAUAUGAGAGGCCUUAGAUGAAAGCUGCCAUUUGCUGCCAUUUGGGCAUAUUAGUUCAAGUACAGCGGCAUUACUCACACCAAGGUAGGACAGGUUCUAUAGGUAAGAUGUACCCAUUUAAGAUCCUAUUUUGUGAUGCUUUUCCAUCUCCCACUCUGAGCUCUGCUAUACUGUUGACUGCAAGAGGCUCAUACCAAAUCAAAUGAAGGUACUUAUGUUAUUUGUAGAUGAAAAAAGUGAAUUAAAUGUUGUAUUAAUGAAUACAAAGCUGCAUUAAUUUGUGCCUUUUAUAUUUGCAUGGAGCUCAGCUUUAAAAUGUUUGUGUCUCUCCAACGUGAGAUUGUUUUGACUAUAAACACUGAUUUCUAGU